AAUAGAAUAGAAUAGAAUAGAAUAGAAUAGAAUUCUUUAUUGGCCAAGUGUGAUUGGACACACAAGGAAUUUGUCUUCGGUGCAUAGGCUCUCAGUAUACAUAAAAGAAAAGAUACGUUCAUCAAGAAUCAUAAGGUACAACACUUAAUGAUAGCCAUACAGUACAAAUUAACAAUCAGGAAACAAUAUCAAUAUAAAUCAUUAGGAUACAAGCAAGAAAAUUACAGUCAUAAGUGGAAGGAGAUGGAUGGUGGGAAUGAUGAGAAGAUUAAUAGUAGUAAUACUGUAGGUAAUAUAGACCUACUAGGUGGUUUAACAUCCCAGGGGAUAGGACAGUGCUGUGGGAAUUAGUUGUUUAGCAGAGUGAUGGCAUGGGGGGAAAAAAACUGUCUUUGUGUCUAGUUGUUCUGGCGUGCAAUGCCCUAUAACCGUGAUGGCGAACCUAUGAUACGGGUGCCCGAAGUGGCAUGCAGACCCAUGUCGCCUGGCACACGUGGCAUCGCCUGUUCCUCUUCCAGGUUUCUGGCGUGCAUGCACACGUGACAAUCAGCUGGCUUUCGUGUUUGCGGUAGUGCUGGAAACUGAAAGAUCUGGUCUUCCAUUUUCCUGCGUGAUCAUGUGCGCCGGCCAGCUGAUUGUCGCGCACGCAUGCACGCCAGAAACCCAAAAGAUUAGCUGGCCAGCACCAGAAUUUUCGGGCACUUGGUGCUGAAAAGGUUCGCCAUUCACUGCCCUAUAGUGUCAUCUUGCAGGAAGAAAGUUGAAACAGUUGAUGUCCAGGAUGCGAGGGGUCUGUAAAUAUUUUCCCAGCCCUCUUUUUGACUCGUGCAGUAUACAGGUCCUCCAUGGAAGGCAGGUUGGUAGCCAUUGUUUUUUCUGCAGUUCUAACUAUCCGUUGAAGUCUGUGUCUGUCUUGUUGGGUUGCAGAACCAAACCAGACAGUUAUGGAGGUGCAGAUGACAGACUCAAUCAUUCCUCUGUAGAACUGGAUCAGCAGCUCCUUGGGCAGUUUGAGCUUCCUGAGUUGGUGCAGAAAGAACCUUCUUUGAUGAUAUCGUUUUGAUGUUAGGUGUCCAUUUAAAGUCCUGAGAUAUUACAGAACCCAGAAAUGUGAAGGUCUCUACUGUUGAUACUGUUGUGUUGUGUUGUCUAGAGGUGGUAGAAUAGGAGGGCUUCUCCUAAAAUCUACCAAGGUGGAAACCAGUUUGUUGGGUUGGUACCUGUAAACCUCUCCUGGGCAGUGGGGGGUUUCAAAUUUUUUUACUACCGGUUCUGUGGGUGUGGCUUGGUAGGCGUGGCUUGGUGGGUGUGGCAUGGGAAGGAUACUGUAAAAUCCGCAUUCCCUCCCCAAUCCAGGGGAAGGUUACUGCAAAAUCCCCAUUCCCUCCCCACUCCAGGGAAAGGAUACUGUAAAAUCUCCAUUCCCUCCCCACUCCAGGGGAAGGUUACUGCAAGAUCCCCAGUUGGUACUCAGCAGGCAGAGAAUAGAUGGGGGCAAGGCCAGUCAGAAUUUUUACUAUCGGUUCUCCGAACCACUCAAAAUUUCCGCUGCCGGUUCUCUAGAACUGGUCAGAACCUGCUGAAACCCACCUGUGCUCCUCGGUCUUUGUGGAUGGAAUCCUGGCAGGAUCAUUGACUGACGGUUAAACAUCUGCUGAGCUUUCCCACUGGGUUCCACCGUUUCUAAGGAGACAAGAACCAUCAAGCGAUCUCAUCUCUGGUUGAUUUCACCUUGGCUCUCCGGCAUCAUGGCUUCAACGCUGCAAUUGAAGCUCAGCUGCCCACCUUCAGCCAUGCAGUCCAGUAUCUCGUACCGAAGGCCUCACAGGACCUGGUCGGCCAUUCAAAGGAUGCUGGGGCGUGUCCGCCAGCAAUGGAAGCUGCUGGGCUUUUUUGAAAUCAACGAGCAGCAUGAAUAUUUUAAAUUCACCUGUAUGCUCAAAGAAGGGCUGAAGGCCUCCAUCCAGAAGACCAUCGAUGAACCGGUCAGCAUGGAGUCGCAAAAGCCAUCUGAUUUUCAAAGGGUGCUUAAGCAGAUGCACGAGGUGAUCCCCAGCUCCGUUCUUCUGCAGGGUUACGAGAUGCGGACCUACGCAGCUCCCGUCUUUGCCCGUUUCCGGCAGUACCUUGGCAUGAUGGACACGGAUUUCCAAAAGUCCUUGACGUGUGAGAGUUCGUACCUGCAAUUCAUCAGUAACUCUAAAAGCAAAGCUGACUUCUUCCUCACGUUCGACAAGCGUUAUUUCCUGAAGACGCAACGGAAACGCGAGAUCCGGUUCCUCCUCACUAACCUUUCCAAAUACCUGGAUCACUUGGAGAGAUACCCGCACUCCAUCCUUGUGAAAUUCCUGGGUGUUUACAGCAUCAUUGCCCCUCAAGAGAAAAAGAGAUACUUCAUCAUCAUGCAAAGCGUCUUCUAUCCACAUGAGAAGAUUAACGAACGGUAUGACAUCAAAGGGUGCCAAGUCGGACGCUGGACAGAGCCCACGGUAGACAGCAGUGAAGUCAUUGUCGUUUUUAAGGACUGCGACUUUGGAGGCAAGGUGAUCACAAUUAAUCAAGAGCAGACCUGGUUGCUGCAACAAGUGAAGUUGGACACCCAGUUCCUCAAAGCUUUGCAUGUGAUUGACUACAGUUUGCUGGUGGGCCUGCAACCUCUCCAUGAUGAUGACCAGUUCCUGGACAACACGCUGGGAAAUAUAUUAGCCAGGACAAGAUUGUCCCUCAGCUGUGAGUAUCCUCGCCGCAACAUUCCCAGAGUUUCCUCCAACACGUCUUCCAGCAGCUCCUCCAGUUAUGAGCAUAUCCUCCGGCUCUAUCCAGAUUACUUGUCUCCCUACUUGAGACCUGACCGACCACCGGAGCAGUUGAUCCGAAGUGAGGGUUUUAUGCGUAACGUGGUAACGCCGUUCCUCAUGCAGAACAGCUACGAGGACAUGAGCUGCAUCGUGGGCAGCGCGCUCCAUUCCUCCAUCCCCUCCGAUUUAACCAAUGAGUCCUUCGCCGCACAGCAUCGCCGGAUGCUGCCCGCCUCCAAAAACCCUCUACACACGAUCGACGGGCCGGACUACCGCUAUUACGUAGGCAUCAUUGACCUCUUCACGGUCUUCACUUUCCGCAAAAAACUGGAAUGCUUAUGGAAGAGCAUCCGUUACCGGGGUCAGCAAUUCUCUACAGUCGAACCUUCUUACUACGCCCAGAGAUUGUGUCAGUGGGUGGAAAGCCACACUAUAUGAAACUGGAAAGGAGGCGGUGGGCCAGUUGUAACUGAAAGUAGGGCUCUUCUCGGAAGGUCUCUUCUCGGAGGUUCUCCCGGUCCCUGCAGAUCAGUAUUCAAGUUUCAACCCAAGUCACCUCUUGUGAUUUUAUUGGUGACCUCUUGGCUACCCAAGAGAUGAAGCUGAGUGAAAUUUCCCUAGAAAUAGGCCACUUGGCAAGCAAGGAUGGGUGAGGUUCUAGAGGACAUCUAGGUGGUGGCAUUGCAAAAACUAGGUGGACACCUCAACCCUGCGGACAUUGCAAUCAGCGGCACUGAGUCCCUCAAAGUCAGAGAGAACAGCACGGGGGGAGGGGGCACCAUCCAGUCUUCUCCCAAACGAGCUGUGUCCUCCCGCAACCAUUACUUGUCCUCCAGAGCUGUAGACGGUGCAGUCCAUCUUGGGUGCUCUGUAGGCCAACCCAAUCCAGGCGGGUGCGGGGGUUAAUCAAGAGCUCCUUCCUCAAAUGAUUAAGGGUCCCCACCCCACGUGGGGCAAAGAAAGGAGGAGAAUUUGGAUUGAGAAGAAUAAAGAGCUUCCAGAGAAA